AUGGACUCUCAAUUGAUGACAACUGCUGUUGUCAAGAUUCAAGAUUUUCGAGGAAAUUUUAUCGUGGCACGUGCUCUGCUUGAUACCUGUUCCAACGUAAAUCUAGUUUCAGAAAAAUUUGCUAAAAAAUUAAAUUUAAUAGAACAUUCUUGCCUCGUUAACAUAGGAGCAGUUGACCAACUGUGCACUGUUUCAAAGAGUCAAAUUUCAACUACUUUGCAAUCGAGUUAUAACAAAUUUCAAGCUAAUUUACACCUUUUGCUAGUUCCGAAUAUCGCAGAAGCCGUGCCUAACGAAGCUUUUCCUCGCGAUCGUUUUGACAUCCCGAAACAUAUUCAACUCGCCGAUCCUCAGUUUCAUUUGCCUAAACCCAUCGAUCUGCUCCUUGCUUCUAAAACUACUUUGUCCACCUUUGCGGUAGGACAGAUUAAAUUGCGUAACGAGGAAACUCGAUCGGAGAUCAUCCUACAAAAAACUAGGUUAGGAUGGUUAGUAGCUGGAGGUGUAGACCCGCUUACUUCUUCAAAACAAGCUUCAUGUAACAUCGUUAAAGUGGACAAACUUCUCGAACGUUUUUGGCAAAUCGAAGAAUUUCCUAAUGAACCCGUAAGAUCUCGGGAAGAAAUAGCUUGCGAAGAGCAUUACGUCGCUCACACCACUCGUGACCCUGUCUCCGGUAGAUACACGGUUCGCUUACCCUUUAAGGACAACAAGUUUGAGUUAGAUAGUUCUCGAUCACAGGCCCUUCGUCGUUAUUAUGCUCUUGAACGAAGUUUCGAGAAAGAUCCUAAGUUAAAGGCUGACUAUUACAAAGUUAUGGAAGAAUACAUCACUUUAGGUCAUAUGACUCCUAAUGACGACACCGAAGACGGCUGUUAUCUGCCUCAUCACGUUGUGGUCAAGGAGUCCAGCGAAACCACGCAGUAUAGGGUUGUUUUCGAUGCUUCCUCUAAAACUUCGACAGGCAUUUCGCUUAAUGAUAUUCUCCUUGUGGGUCCCACUAUUCAAAACACCAUCUUCGAGCAAGUUUUACGUUUUCGUAGACAUCUAUUCGUUGUAACAGCGGACAUCGAAAAGAUGUACCGUCAAAUUCUUGUCCAUCCAGAAGAUCGAAAAUUCCAAAAGGUACUUUGGCCUGAUCCAAAAACAGGAAAAUUGAGAACUUGGGCAUUAAAUACCGUCACUUUUGGCAUGCCUGCUGCCCCUUUCUUAGCAAUACGCACAAUUCAUCAACUCGCUCACGAUGAAGCGAAGGAUUUUCCUCGAGCUAGCAAAUUGCUUAUUCGCGACUUUUACGUCGACGACUUUGUAUCCGGAGCGGAUUCGUUCGAGGAGAUUUUAGCCAUUCGUGACGAAAUGAUUGCGUUGCUGCGUCGAGGCGGUUUUCUGAUUCGAAAAUGGGCAUCGAACCAUCGAUCUAUUUUGGACAAAAUAGAUUCAGGAGUUUUCGAGUUGGAUCACAUGGUCAAAGAGACUCCAAUCCAGAAAACGCUGGGAAUCAUUUGGGAUUCCGAGAAUGACCAAUUAAAAUAUACAGUUGUAAAAAUGGAUAACGAGACUACUGUGACCAAGCGAAGGCUCCUAUCAGAGAUAUCCAAGAUCUUUGAUCCUCUUGGAUUGUUAGGACCAAUUAUCUUGUAUGCUAAGGUGUUGAUGCAAGACUGUUGGAAAUCUAAGUUGCCUCUUCUUACGGAAUUCUCAAUUCCUCGCACGAUUUUGAUUGCGAAUCCCAUUAGGAGCGAGCUUCAUGGAUUUUGCGAUGCUUGUAUUUCUGGAUACGGAGCAUGUCUAUUUGUCAAAUCAUCUGACGCUCUUGGACAUGUCUCUAUUCGAUUGCUUUGCAGUAAAUCUAGAGUGGCUUCUCUGAAGGGACUUACCAUUCCUAAGCUAGAACUCAGCGCGGCUAUCUACCUUUGGUCCGAUUCAACCAUCGUUCUCUUUUGGUUAAAGAAAUCUCCUCACGUAUUGCAAACUUUCGAGGCUAAUCGGGUAUCGUACAUCCAAUCGUUACCAGACAUCGUGCAUUGGCGACAUGUUAAGUCUGAAGACAAUCCAGCUGACUCACUUUCCAGAGGCCAAUUACCAUCUGAAUUUCUAGCUAAUUCUUUGUGGAAUUCUGGUCCUGAUUGGUUACGUCUUCCCGAAGGAGAAUGGCCUGAAUCAUCCACUACUUGCUCAUCGGUAACUCUAGGUCUCAAAAGGGCUGGUUGUUUUCUUACCAAGCCUGCAUACAGCGAAAUCUAUUUGCGUUUCUCGAGUUUUGAACGAUUUGUGAGGGUUGUUGCUUUUAUUCUGCGUUGGAAACGAAUCAGAUCUCAAAAGAAACCAGAACGGUUGUUCCCAGAGAUCUCCGAAUCGAAGGAUAGGAUUUCCAAGAUUCUCCAGUUGAUCCGACCAUUGGAGGUCUCUGAAUUAUUAAAUUCAGAAGAUCAAAUCAUAUUCAUGGUUCAAUCCGAAAAUUUUUCAAUUGAAAUUCGUCAAUUGAAAAAAUUUCCCAAUCUCAAAACUUGGUUAGGCAGUUUACAUCCUUUUAUCAAAGACGACAAGUUACUUCGGGUAGGGGGUCGUUUGAAAUUGUCGGAUCUUCCAUACAAUCAAAAACAUCCAGUUUUACUUCCUAGUAAACAUCCGGUUACAGAUAUGAUUAUCCGCCAGGUUCAUCGUGUCAAUCUCCACGCUGGAAUUCAAUCCACUCUUUCUUCCAUCAGAUCGAAGUAUUGGAUUCUCAAUGGAAAAAACCAAGUGCGGAAUGUUGUUAGACAUUGUGUGGAGUGUAUUCGUCAACGGCCAACAAUCGUUCAUGCUCAAAUGGCCGAUCUACCCAAGACUCGAAUAAAUGAAUCGCCAGCUUUCUCUCAUGUAGGAGUAGAUUUCUUUGGUCCAAUCUUAAUCAAAGAAAAAAAGGAUCGAAAUAGGUCGUUCAUCAAAACCUAUGGCUGCGUUUUUGUGUGUCUAGCUUGUAAGGCCGUACAUAUCGAACUGGCGACCGAUCUUUCCUCUGAAGGUUUCAUGGCUGCCUUUGAUCGGUUCAUCAGCCGCAGAGGAGUCCCCGAACAUAUUUAUUCGGACAAUGGCACUAAUUUCGUUGGGGCUAGUAACGAACUUCGUGAAGUUUAUGAUCUUUUUGAAACUCCAGAAUUUCGAAAGACAAUAGGCACUUAUGCCAUUGCCAAACGGAUAGAGUGGCAUUUCAAUCCACCUCUGUCUCCUCAUUUCGGAGGUAUUUGGGAAGCAGCUGUCAAAAGCUUCAAACACCAUCUUAAGCGUGUUCUCAAGGAUCAGAAACUCACUUACGAACAGAUUAACACUCUUCUCAUCCAAAUUGAGGCAAUCCUCAAUUCUCGUCCUCUCUGUUCGCUUUCUACUGACCCCAACGAUCCUGUGUCCAUUACUCCUGCUCAUCUAUUAGUAGGACGUCCAUUCAAUGUCUUACCAGAAAAAUCUGUCUUUUCAGUUCCAGGCAAUCGACUCUCGACGUACAAAUUCCUUACCAAAAUGCGCCAGGACUUCUGGAAUAAAUGGCAUAAGGAGUACCUGCAUGAAUUGCAAACCCGCCAAAAAUGGCAUGACUCUACUGCGGAACUCAUCGUUGGAUCGGUGGUGAUUCUAAUGGACGAUAUCACCUAUUGUUCAAGAUGGCCACUGGGUGUGAUCGUCGAGGUACAUCCUGGGAGUGACGGCAUCGCUCGAGUAGCUUCUGUCAAGACUUCAACCGGCAUCUACAAGCGUAACAUCACCCGUUUGUGUAUUCUUCCCACGACUUAG